AUGUUGCACAAUCGUUCGGACGAUCGUGCCGCUUUUGCAUGCGCGCAACUUGAGAACGAGCUUUCGACUUGUUCUCUUCGUGAUGAGCUGGCUGCUGCUCGUCGAUACAUCGCUGAGCUGCGUGAACAGGUCGCUUCGCUAGUCGACCAGACUGGCUCGUUGAAACAGGACCACUCGAGGGUCGUCUCGGCUCUCGACCGCGGAGGUGUUCUUUGCAUCUCGAAACGGGCUCGUACUGAUAGUACGGGCGGAGACGACCAGCGUAAAACGUAG